ACAGCGGGCAUCGGGUCACCAGGCAUCACAGUGGGCACUGGGUCAUCAGGCAUUGGAUCGUCUGGCAAGACCGCGGGCACCGAGUCAUCUGGCAAGACCGCGGGCUCCGAGUCAUCUGGCAAGACUGCGGGCUCUGAGUCAACCAGCCCGACAGCGGGCAUCGAGUCACCUGGCAAGACUGCGGGCACCGAGUCGUCUGGCAAGACUGCGGGCUCUGAGUCAACUGGCAAGACAGCAGGCACCGAGUCAUCUGGCGGAACUGCGGGCAUCGAGUCAUCUGGCAUAAUAGGAUCAUCAGGCUGGAUCAGUUCAUCAGGCUGGACAUCAGGCUGAAUGGAGACAUCAGGC